AUGACCCGCCGCGUGGCCGUGAUCGGAGGCGGCAGCUCCGGGCUGGCCUCCAUCAAGACCUGUCUGGAUGAGGGGCUGCAGCCCGUCUGCUUCGAGAGCAGCGACGACAUCGGAGGCCUGUGGAAGUUUAAGGAGAACCCAGAGGCGGACAGGGCCAGCAUCUACCAAUCUGUCAUCAUCAACACCUCCAAGGAGGUGAUGUGUUUCAGUGACUUUCCCAUCCCUGCACACUACCCCAACUACAUGCACAACUCCCUCAUCGUGGACUACUUUCGGAUGUUCGCUGACCGCUUCCAGCUCACCCGGCACAUCCGCUUCAACACCAAAGUCUUGCAGGUGAAGCAGAGGUCGGACUUCUCUCGCUCCGGCCAGUGGGACGUCGAGACGGAGAACAAGGACGGCGAAAAGGAGAAACACAUUUUUGACGCCGUGAUGAUCUGCAUUGGACAUCACUGCCACCCCAACCUGCCGCUGCACGACUUCCCAGGAAUCGACUCGUUCACGGGAAAGUUCUUCCACAGCCGAGACUACAAGACCGCCGACGAGUGGAGGCACAAAAAGGCCGUCGUGAUCGGGAUAGGAAACUCUGGAGGGGACAUCGCGGUGGAGCUGAGCAGAGUCACCAAGCAGGUGUACCUGAGCACUCGGAGGGGGGCCUGGAUCCUAAAUCGAGUCUCGGACAACGGUCUUCCCCGAGACAUGCUCAACACCAGGAUGGCUAUAUUUAUGCGCCACGUCCUUCCCUUUGGAUUGAGCUGCGGCGCGGCCGAGAGGAAGGUCAGCCGGAGAUUUGAUCACAGUCUGUACAACUUGAAGCCGGCGCACAGGAUGUUCAGCCAACAUCCCACGGUGAACGACGAGCUCCCCAACCGCAUCCUGUCGGGGACGGUUCAGGUGAAGCCCAACAUCCGCAGGUUUCAGGGGUCCAGUGUGGAGUUUGAUGACGGGAGCGUCGUGGAAGACGUCGACCUGGUGGUGUUUGCCACAGGCUACAGGUUCUCCUUUCCAUUCCUGGCCUCGCAUGUGGUCUCGGUGUCCGAGAACAAAGCGUCUCUCUACAAGUACGUGUUUCCUCCGGAGUUGGACCGCCCCACUCUGGCUAUCAUCGGCCUGGUGCAGCCGCUGGGGGCCAUUAUGCCCAUCUCUGAGAUGCAGGCCAGGUGGGCCACGCGAGUCUUUAAAGGCUGCAUCAAGCUUCCCUCAGCUGCUUCCAUGCUAGAAGACGUCCAGUGCAAGCAGGAGACAAUGGCCAAAAGGUACGUCUCCAGUCAGAGACACACCAUCCAGGUGGACUACAUCUCCUACAUGGAUGAGAUCGCGGAGCUGGUGGGAGUUCGACCCAGCCUGCCCAGGCUGCUGCUGACCGACCCCCGGCUGGGACUGAAUUUGAUGUUCGGCCCCUGCACGCCGUACCAGUACCGUCUCAGAGGACCGGGGAAGUGGGCCGGAGCCCGGCAGGCCAUCUUCACGCAGUGGGAGAGAGUGGCUCGACCCAUGCAGACCCGACCCUGCCAUGACCCCAAACCCGAGAGGUCGUUGAAGUGGCUCCUGGUUGUGGCGGCUGCUGCCGUGGGCUUGGCUGGCUACGUCAACAGGAACGGCCUCCCAGCUCUCCUCCAGGACCCCACGGCCCUGUUGGACAAGAUCAAAGUCUACCUGCCCGCACAGUGA